AGGGAAUGUGUAAAGCUGAAAAGGAAGGACAAAUCCCAGAUAGAUUACAAUAGUUACAUUUUCCUAGUCCUAUCCAUAAGACCUUCUAUUCUCUCUCAACCAGAGCUCAAGCAAAAUUAGAUCUGCAUUGAUUUUCAGGGAGGGGAAGUGCUUCCUCAUAUAACUUUCAAAAUAGUACAGAUUCAAAGAAAUAGUAAGUUUCUAUCAAGUGAGAAAUAAGAAGGUGAAUAACCUGUGCAAAGCUUAUGUAUUGAUAUUAUUCCUUGGUGAUCAUUUUCAAGAUAUGGCCACCACUACAGGCUCAGCAGUUAAUUGGUGUCCCUCAGUAAGGAUCAUCAUACAGCAGUGUCUAUCAGCCAGACUACAGGUUCAACCACCAACAGAGACUGAAGAUGAAAGAUGGGUGGAGGUAAAGAUGACAACCUGUAAGCUGGUUCUCAUGAUUUCAGUUGAGUUGUGAUCCACUAAUGGGCCAUCCAAACCUUUCAGAUUUCCAGGGGAAUUGUCAUUUACCUGUGUUUUCUCAAAGGAUCAAACCUGGAUAUCAUACCCAAAGUAGGUAAGCUAACGGUAAAAUGAUAAAAGUUUGAAUAUAUGCAAUAUGGUCUUCAUUGUCUUCAUGGUCCUACAGAAAGUCAUGAUGAUGAAUUUUUAAAUUCUCAAGUCAGUUUCUCCUCUCUCAUAUCCUCAAGAGCACUAGAUUCAGAAAAACAAGGAAUAAAAAAAGCUUUUAAAAUUGCUUCAUCUUGCCUUAUGUUGUUCAGGUUUGUGGAUUAUAAAAGCAUGGAGAAUCCUGCCACUGUUUCCUUCCCAGACUCCCAUUGUCUUUUGUCAACCCCACUGUUUGAUUUUCCUUCCUGAAAGAUGCUGGCAGCCGUUCUCCAUCUUGUCUCACUAACAUAGACUGGAUGUAAGGGUUUUUUUUUUGUCAUUUCUAUAAUCAUUAUUGAGACCAUGGGUAUUGUUACAAGAAUCUGUAAUGCUCUUCCUUCAAGAUGGACUCUUCGUGUAGUGUGGCAUUUACCAUCUUUGGCUCUUUCUGUAUUUUUUUGUAGCUUUGCAAAUUUGUUGUAAAUGAUCUAGCUUAUCAAAUUGAAGCUUCACUCCAUCUUUUUUCCACUCAGUGAAAUCAAUUUUAAAUGUAAGACUCAGUGAGACCACAGGCCAACCAAGAAAUGUGUCAGUUUUGGAGUUGCCUGGCGAUGUUCUUAUUGUUCCUCAGGUAAGUGGUUGACAGAGCAAAUCAUGGCAGUUGGGUUAAGUAUCACAGGCUAAGUUAUUCCUUAGUGCUAAAACUUAUCCAGGUUUCCUAAGCAUGAAGGAACUUGUAGUGAAAUUUUAUAUUUCUGCUCAUUCUGCAUGGAAUGCUUCAUAGUCUUAUUUGUGGUAAACCCCAGAAAGUUUCUAAGUAUGGCCCACUACCCUUUUAUAUUCCUGGGUCAAUAGACACACUGUGAGAAUUAAGAACACAAUACUGCGACACUUUAAAGACUCAUUCCCAGACCUCUCCUUUCUAUGCGCCAGGCCAUCACCUCACUUGUGACAAAAUCGAAUGUUAUUGAGAAUUUCUUUAUCACAAGCCAACAUCAUAGACCAACUUCAAGAUAAAAAUAUGCCUUGUAACAAGCUGUAGAAACCAAUCCCCCUCCUAGCCCCAGUCUAUGCGGCUAUCCAUAUGAGUUUGACUUUCGCGCGGAUCAUGGAAAUAAAAGAUGCGAGCUUGAGUUGAAAUGUAAUCGCCAGAACGUUCUUAUGCCAGUCGUAUUCCAAAAUCGUCUGGUAAAUUGUUCUUUCUUUUAGUGUUAUUAGUAUUUCCUAUGUUAGUUACAAUCUUGUUAUUAGUUGUUCCGUCCUUAAUGUAUUAUUUUCGUAACACUUUAUUUAGAAACCACAGGCAAUGGCGUGUAGGUAAAAGAGUUCGAUCGAGUCGUCAUUAAAUUAAACUCCUCUUAAAUUUAUCGCUAGUGCGUUGGUUAUACAAGUGAAAAAAUUAAUUUGCUGGGGCACAAAUAGCAAAUACUUAGAGCAUGAUGUAUCAAUGAGAGGCUGGAAAGGAGAAGCUGUUUCUAGUCCAUAAAAUAUGGGGCUCAAAAUAAUAGGAUGCUACCAUUUCCUUUUUAGUCUUCCCACUCAAAACCUAGAAUGGAUACUUCUUGUUAAAAAAAUCUGUGAUAAUGAUUUUUCAGGCAACACUUGGGGGAAAGAUGAAAGGGUGUGCUUCUAAGAAGCGUAACUUACCCAAAACUUCCCUUCUCUCCCUCCCUCCUCUCAUGCAUUUAUUCCUUUCUUUUCUUUCUCUCGUCUUUCCUCUCAAUUAUUGUAUUUUGUUUCGUGGUGUAUCUAGGAAACAGUCCAGGCUAACUCGACAAAUCUACCGGACUCCCCUCCGAAAAAAGUGAAGCACGGUGAGAUUAUUGGUGAUAACACAAUUACACGUGCCCAAUUGGCGCGCUCUCCUAGUGCAUUUCGCGAACUCGUGAAGUAACAACGGCCAAUCAGAAAAAGGAAAACAUCACGUGGAGCCGAUGAGAAACUGGAGUAAAUACGAGCAAACGUCCAUCAAGCGCUAGAACAAGACGAGUUACUAAGUCACAGAGUGAGGCGCGUUAUCCAGACCAAUUGCAUAGUGUUGUAAAACAAAAUCAGUGCAAUACGGAUUACUUUUACACGCAUUUGAAGUUAAAUUUAUCAUAUAAUUUAGCUUAUGUUAUUUUUAAACUUAUAUUGAGUGUUUUGCGUCACAAGUUUAUUUUUCUGUUUUCAGGCACGUAUGGAAACAGACAAGUGCUGAAUGUGGAAACAAACGGACCAUUUACACACGUGUUUGACUUUUAGGACAUCUUUUACGACAGUGUAGUUACGACCUCAACAUUUUGCGAGACUGAGUGUUUACAUUGAAGAGGAGCAACAGAUCAACUGAUUGUCUCUCUCUGUUUUCUUUUACGACACGCUCGUGGUCAUAAGCUUGCGAAAAACGCGGAACGACAAGGGAGGAUCCCCUAUUAAGACCAAGAAGGGAAAUUGAAUUAUGAAUUCCCAAUUGCGAGUCAAAGUAUGAAACUUGUAAAAUCUAAGUGUGUAUACAUUUUACAAAUUUAGCGAAUCGGUG